GGCGGGCGGGCGCUGAGGCGGCGGGGCCGGCGGGGCCGGGGGAUGGCGGGGCUGGCGGGGGCCGUGAGGCGGGCGGGGGCGGCGCGGGGCCCCGGCGCCCUCGCUCUCCUCACCCGCGGCAUCCUCAGCCGCGCGGGGCCGCCCCGUCCCCGCGGGCCGCUGCCGCGCACGCCCUGGACCACCCGCGGGCCGCCGCCGGAGGAGCUGGCCCGGAGGGUGGAGCGGCGGCCGGUGCGGGAGCAGGUGGAGCUGGACGCCAUCACCUAUGCCGGGCGGCAGCACUUCUUGCCCGGCCUGGCCCGGCCGCGCUUCCCGCCCUGGGACCGCGGCUGGCACGAUCCCUGGCACUCGCCGGGGCCGCGCUACGAGGAGAUGCCGGGGUACCGGGAGCGCGCCUGCUACAUCUGCCACCAGGGCGUCCGCAUGCUGGAAGGCGUCCGGCAGGCGCGGUGGCUCACCAAGACGCAGCUGGCGGGAGGCCUGCCCGCCCCGGUGCGCGGCAUCGCGGACAGCCCGGCCCUGCGGCCCGAGGGGCUGGAGCGGGGGGUGCAGCGGGCCCUGGCCCGCGCGCGGCUGUGGGGCCCCCCCGGCGCCGCGCCCCGCAGGGAGCGGUUCUGCCCAGUACUGUUUGAAGACUUGAUACAUUUGUGUCGGUUAAUGUCCGUGGAAUAUCCUGCUCUGACUAAAAGAAUGUUGGCUCGGAACUACAGGAUAGCAGCUACUUGGGAAAGAGAAUCCAUUCUCCUUCAGGUCCGAGGCCUGAAUGGAAUACUUAUGAACUCUGUGGCCCCAAUACCACCAGUAGCCUCCAAGGAGGAGAUACUGGCCACCAAAGAACACGUUCUGGAGACCUUCUAUCCCAUCUCACCUACAAUUGAUCUUCAGGAAGUGAAUGUGUACAAAGAGCUCAACGAUACAGGUUUCAGAGACGGUUAUCCAUACCCCCAUCCUCACACCCUCUUCUUCCUGGAGUCGGCCAACGUCCGUCCCGACAGGUUCAGACCGGAGCAGCUUCGGGCCAAAAUGCUGAUGUUCGCGUUCGGCAACGCGCUGGCCAAGGCCAGGGCGCUGCACGGGAAUGAUCCCAAGGUUUUGGAGCAACCGAUAGUGGUGCAAAGCAUUGGCACAGAUGGCCAGCUCUUCCAGUUCAUGGUGUUCCAGUUAAAUACAACAGACCUUGUCUCUAAUGAUGGCGUUAAAAAUCUGGUCUGGAUUGACUCUGAUCAGAAUCUGUAUGAAAAAGCCCAGUGUGUUCCAGAAGUCAAGAAGAGAGUUGUUACGAAGCCCGCUGGAAUAUAUGGCUUUCAGCCAGACACAUUCAGGAAGUUUCUGGCACUGUAUCUGCAUGGAACUGUGUGAAAUUCAGCUCAAAUGAAAAUACUUCACCCACUGUACCUGCUGCUUCUCUUUGCCAGAGCCCUCACAUAAUUAAAGAAAGGUGGAUUAAUUGACUUUCAAAAAUAAAUGAUAUUGUUACUGAAAGUAAAAAAAACAAAACAAAAUCAUUUAAAACUAAA